CUGUGUGUAGGUGUUGGGUGUCCCCCACCCGUGGGUGAGCGCGCACCGGGUCCUCGGGUCCUAAGGUCUGGUUCUGUGAGUCCUGGCGUGCCGGGACCCACAGCAACAUUGCCGCGGGUUACCCCCUCACCAGCCACCACAAGCGGAGAACUUGCUGCCGCCCAAAUUACUACCUUGGCUCCCAGAUUGCAAUUAUAGUUACGGUGGGGAUAUCAUAUCGGCGGUGAGGGUCGGGGCUUAGUCUAGCGGCGGCUGGGCGAGUGAGCGAGGUGUUUGGUUGGCAGAAGGUCCAUCACAGUGACACCACCAGCUACAUCAUAGUAGUGGGAAGCAUACACCACCUGACGCACCACCUGAGACUCGGGCACCAACACCUGCCCCGUCACCUGGGCGUCAGUGCUCGUAGGGUGCCGCGCGACGGUGCGUCUGUGUGGGCCGCGGUGUACUGAACACGUUGCCGGCGGCAGGCUGGUUGGUCGGCGAGGGUGGCAGCGACGCGUCAGGAUGGUGGCGAGCAGUUGUUGCGUGUGCAGGCUGCAGGUGGUGGCGGUGGUGGCGGCAGUGGCCCUGCUCAGUGUCACAGUCGCCUUGUGGUGGUGAUCGCUGGUGUGGUAGUGGUGGUGAUGAGGCUCUGGCUAGCGUGGUGCCGGGCCUGCGCCAAGAGACGGUGACCCUGUGUUGGCUCCUAGCUGCAAGGACUACUCGAGUCUUAACUUCUUUUCAACACUUUGUCGGUGCCUUGCAACAUUUUUACUCAAACCUGGCAUUACCUGUAUGGGAAAUUGAUUGGUGAUUUUUCGUCGACUUAGGAGAAUACUUCCAGGAUGUUUGUUUGUUUACGUAUGAUAGUGCAGUGAACAACGCGGCGCUGUGUGAUAGUGCGUUAUAUCUUGGUGAUUCUCAAGUCUGAUUUUGGCCAAGGUGUGUCCGGAUGUGUGUGGUCGUUAAGGAGGAACAACAGCAACAACAACAACAGCAACCCUGAAGUAGCUAGUGUGCCGGCGGCUCCCUGAGGGACAGUCAUAUACUCCAGACACUCGUUUUGUACCUCGUUUGGCCCAAGAUGGAUCGCAAGUCCCUGCCUCCGAGCGUGAUCCCUCAGCAGGCCAAGGACCAUCCUUCGCUUCGAGGGACACCACUGGCCAUGCUCGCCGCCCAAUGCAACAAACUGACCAGCAAGAGUCCCCCGCCACUGGCCGAUGCUGCCGUAGGGAAAGGAUUCCAUCCAUGGAAGAAAAGUCCAGUUGGUGCCGCGGCAGGGUCCGGGGGCGGAGCCUCGGGCGUGGGUACGGGGCAGAGGUCAGGCCCCGCCUCUUCGGGUAGCGGUGGUCAUCCAGCUUCCUCCUCCAGCAGUUAUCAGCGCCCGGCUGUGACGACCAGUGCUGCCUGCUCCUACCCACAACCCUCAGAUCUGUACUUCCCAUCAUCCUCUGCCGGUGGACAGUCGGACUCAGCCCAAGCGUCCCUCCUGUCUAAGGUUGACGGGUCUUCACACAUCCCCGCCAUGAGCUCCAUGUACUCUCGCGUCGCCGGUGUCACUCACCCGUACGAGUCUUGGCCAUUCAACAGCAUGGCUGGCGCCGCCUCGGCCAUCAAGCCCGAGGUGUCGGCUGUGAACUCCCUCAACACCACCAGUUGGUGGGACAUGCACAGUGCUGCCGCUGCCUCGGCAGGCUCCUGGCUGGACAUGUCAGGAGCAACGUCAGCGGGUCUGUCGGGGGUAGCCGGCAUGUCCCAAAUGGCCAACUAUCCCACGGGCGACUACUCCACACUAUCCCACACACUAGCCGCCUCCAACACGGCACACCUCCUAUCCUCGGGACAGCACUUGUUACAGGACACGUACAAAUCUAUGCUGCCUACACAGGGCAUGGCACCAGCCAUGGGCUCCCCAUUCGGGCUGGGCCAGCCCACCUUGCCGCAGGUGCCGUCUCCUCGCUCCCAGCGGCGCUACACAGGGCGCGCCACCUGUGACUGUCCCAACUGCCAGGAAGCUGAUCGUCUGGGGCCGGCCGGAGCUCAUCUCCGGAAACGGAACAUCCACUCGUGCCAUAUCCCCGGCUGUGGCAAGGUCUACGGCAAGACGUCGCAUCUGAAGGCGCAUCUCCGCUGGCACACGGGUGAGCGCCCUUUCGUUUGCAACUGGCUUUUUUGCGGGAAAAGGUUCACGCGCUCAGAUGAACUACAGCGUCAUCUCCGAACCCACACAGGUGAGAAGCGGUUCGCGUGUCCCGUGUGCAACAAGAGGUUCAUGCGGUCAGAUCAUCUUAGCAAGCACGUGAAGACGCACAACGCCUGCAGCGGCGGCAAGAAGAACAGCGACGGCAGUGAAUGCGACAGCGAGAACAGUCAGAGCGAACCCCCCUCAGUGUCCUCCCCCGCGUCUGUCAACACGCCGCCCAUCAAUACACCCACCACGCCCACCGCCCAGGCCAUGAGUCCGCCCGCGCCAGAUCUCAAGCCUAUCGUGUGAGACCUUGGUUGUGGGCGGUCUCAGUACCUCUCCCGGCUACUCUCGGCAGUUGCCAGCGCGCCCUCUGUAGCUGGGGGACGGCGUGGGCGGCCGGGCAGCAGCCGCAGGGUGCAGGGGGGCGCCUGCCGUGGGCUGUGUUCCCCAAUGUGAUAGUGGGCGCCCUUUGGGUGUCCUCGGUGGUGGCGGAGUUGUAGGGCAGGACGCGGGCCCGCCUUAGGACGGGUCCGGGCCGGGGCUCCGGGCCUGCCUGCCGCGCCGGUCACCUCGUCAGCAUGUGCCAAAUCUUGCGCCCUCUACGAGCCUCGUGUGUAAAGUGUCUAUAGUGUUUACUAAUGUAAGCGGAUUUCUAAACUAACUAUGAUAUGGGCAUUUGUACCAGUGUUGUCAGUGUAUGGUUCCGACAUUUUUUUUCGUUUAUAUACAAUAACACACUUUAUUUUUACACAAUUUGUAUUUCCUUAACUCGUCUCACACUGCAUUAACAAGGCCACCCAAAGCGAUCAGUGUCACAGAUAAGCCCGGGACAGGCGGCAGUGUGAGGCCGCCCACGCCCACGCCCACGGAGGGUGCAUCUUAAUGGUGGGUGUUCGAGGCGCCCAGCUCAUGCUGCCACCCGUCGCGCCGCGCCGCUCCCGUACUCACGAACCGGCAAGAGGCAGCGUCCUGAGGUAGGAAGUCUGAGCAGUGGUCGGGGUCAGCGGAGUGCUUCACGUGCAGUCCCACGGCGGGAGCUCCAUCGGGAACCGCAUUGUUGGUGAGCUCUAAUAGAAAUCCAGACGCUUGUGGCGGAUUUAUGUCAGUCUUGUCCUAAGGGGCACACGGACGGGAUAAUUAUGGUGAUAAAGAUAUCCAUAAUGGGAGGUGACCGGCGGGGUAGCAAGGCGUAAGACUCGCCUCACCGGUACUUAACGAUAAUCACCAUCAGAGCUUAAUUGAGGAUAUUGCCUAUUUGAGGGUCAUCAUCCGUGGUCUUUGACGUGGAAGCGAUAAUAGACAAGGGAAGCUGCUUGUCACUCACCGCGGAAACAGGGCCUGCCAGUGCUCUGCUCGCCUCUCCACCUUUCUGUAUUCACAAGUAAUUAUUUUUUUCACCGUGACGUCCGCGUGUUUUUGUUUUUGGCAAGUGAAAACAAUCGAGUUUAAUUUACGAAUCCUUUCCCGGAUUGCCAGUGGUAUGAAAGGGGCGAGUUUUUGCACGACUUCCGCGGCGGAGGAGGAAUCAGCGGCCCAAGUUAGCAUUACCAUGUGGGAGCUCCCGAACGCCUGCUCCUUAUUACUCUGUUAUGUCUUUUUUUGCUGCGGUGUGCUUCCCUGCCUCCCUGCCCCUCCCCGCGAUGUGUUGUCCUCAGCUACUCGUACCAUGCUCCCCUGCUCCUCCUCGCGGUGCCCUCCUGUCCUUAGCCUCCACGUUUUGUCCUGCGUUACCUUGCGUCCCCGCCCCUUAACGGUAACUCUUUUCAAAUAAUCCUCCCCCAAACAUAAAACGUACAGUAAAUACACGCAUAUAAUCAACUAAAAGAAGUAAAUAUAGUUUUUAAGAGAAAGCAAUAUUUACUAUUUUUAAAGAGCAUUAUUGCCACCCAGUUAGUUAUUCAUUGAGACUAUAGUGUGCACGUGGAACCCCAGACUCAGUUCGCUAAGGGAAGUCAUGAUCGACAUUAAGGAAGCUCUAACCUCGUGUGUGGCUGAAUACACACCCAUAAAUGUAAAAUAAUUGGAAAAAUGUUCAUUCUGGUAAUCGAAGUGUUAGGUGACUUCACAGGACGCCAUGAACAUUUUGCUCUGAGUGGCCACCCAUCCCUCACCUCACCUCUCUCCUCACUCCCUCUCCCACUGCAACACUUUUCCUCCUAUUUUUACAUUCGUGCUCAAAUUCCAGUAUUUCAGCAUCACUCGAGCUGUCCAGGACACACGAGGGGAAAUAAUAACAACAAUAAAAAUAGUAAUAAAACAUUGUUGUAAGAGAGAGAGAGAGAGAGAGAGAGAGAGAGAGAGAGAGAGAGGGAGGGAGGGAGGGAGGAGCACAGAGGGGGCAAGGGAGGGGUAGCAGUCGAAACUGUUCCAGAAAUGUUCAUCAGGGGAACCACUGCUUCGCAUAUUCAUUUCCGAGUCAUUUGUGUUCAAUUAUCCGAACAGGGAGAGGAGGAAGGCGGGGAGAGGGAGGAGAGGCGCCUCACUCUCCCCAAUUACAGUCACUAUUUUGCCCAUUUUGUCCAUUAAUCCAGACCAAUUUUCUCCCUCCCCCUCGAGCCCUCUUCGUCCCCUCGUCCCCUCGUCCCCCUCGUCCUCCCUCACGUCGCCACCACCAAUCAGUCGGGAAGAUUCGCGUCCAAGAACUGGAGUAAAGAUUGACUGUUGCGCUGGUGAGGCUUGCGUGGAUCCCCUCAUUGCUUGCUCCUCCUCCUCCUCCUCCUCCCCCUCCUCCUCCUCAAAGAUACCUGCUGCACUAUUCUCUCUCUUUAAUUAACUAAAGGUCUAUUAUUGUUUGGUUAUCCUACGCCAUCCUCCUACUCUUGCCUCUGGUCCUCCUCCUCCUCCUCUUUCUCCCUUCCUCCUAUUGUUCCUACUCAUCUUCCUGCUUCUCUUCUCCUGUUCUCUCUCUCUCUCUCUCUCUCUCUCUCUCUCUCUCUCUCUCUCUCUCUCUCUCUCUCUCUCUCUCGCCUUUAUAAUUUUCUAGGAAGUAAUAAUUUUUUCCUGCCCAAUAUUCAUCCUACGUAUUACAGAAUCUAAAAUUUACUCAAGAAAAAUUCCAAUUCACUUUAUAUAUAUAUAUAUAUAUAUAUAUAUAUAUAUAUAUAUAUAUAUAUAUAUAUAUAUAUAUAUAUAUAUAUAUAUAUAUAUAUAUAUAUAUAUAUAUAUAUAUAUUGUGAUGACAGAAAACGAGAAACGCGAGUAUUUUUUUGCGGGGGUUUAAAUGUUAGUACUUCAGCACAUCAUGAACAGCGGCAUUAGGUGACAGAUCCGCGACACUAUCAAUAUUCUGAGCGACUAAACCUAUUGGGAGGGAGAUCCGUGUGUGUGUGUGGUGAGGGGGAUUAGUGGGAAAGGGAUGGAGACUGAGAGAAAAGGGGCGAGGCGAGAUAGAAAGAGAGAGACAGAGUGAGAGAAAAGAGAGGACAGGAGGAGAAUGAGGGAAGGAACAAGAGGUGGUGAUCGUUGGUAAUUAAAACCCCAUACCCCCAGAGCCCAUACCCCCAUAACUUCCCCUCCAUACCUCUUCCAAUCCUCCCUCCACCUCCUCCCCUAUCUUUCCCAUUCCACUCCACGCUAUUAAUCUCCUUCUUCAACCCCAUCUCCCCUCUGACUGCGCCCAUUGCUUUUUCAAUCAGCUAAUUCUGACCGCGAUGUAAUCCACGGUAAAUACUUAGCUUCCCCUCGCCUCGCCCGCGCCUCCCUCCCUCCGCCUGGUUCCCGAACGCCGCCCGGGGUCACUAGAGGGGAAAGAAUCACCGCCUUUUGAUUAGAUUUGCUCAAUUGGUGACAGACUUCCAUGCGGCUCGAUUUAUGGCGAAAGGGAAAGGAAAGGAGAGAGAGAGAGAGAGAGAGAGAGAGAGAGAGAGAGAGAGAGAGAGAGAGAGAGAGAGAGAGAGAGAGAGCGCUGGAGGGGAAGGGUAAGGAUUGAAAGGGCGUAUGAUGAUUAGAGAACAUGGAGUGGGAGGAGGGCAAUCAGGGAGGAGAGAGGAGCGUAUGGCACUGGGAGGGCAGGGAUUGGCCAGCCAUUAACCGCUAAGGAUUAAGGAGGGGAGGUGGAGGACGAGAACACUGAGACGAGAAGGAGGACGAGGAGAUGAAGUUAAGAAUGUUUAGAAAUAUAAUAACAUAAAGGACUUACACACAAUUAAGAGACGAAUGAGGGAGAUGGCACAAGGUAAUUAAAUGCAUACCUAAGUAGAGGUGAUAUGAAAGACGGAAUUACAUAGACAAUUGAGUAAAAAAUUGAAUUCGAGUAUACUGAUUGCGAAAAAAGUACUAGAAAAGAAAAGAAAAGAAAAGAGUACUAGUUUGAUAUAUACAAGAAUAUGUACUUUUAUUGUUUGCUUUGUUAUUUGCCUGUCCCGAAGCCCCAGAGACACAAGGGAACUGCAUAAGAAGCACUCACUGGCCUUGGGAUCUGAAAGACAACCGCCGUAUUACCACACCAUCACCACACUCCUCCACAACACCCCGCCAGACCAGUAAACCACCAAAGUCACACCCAUACAUAUUCCCCACCACAACACACUGCUCCCCCACCACCACACCACCACAACUGCAAUGCACACACACACACACACACACACACACGUUACUUAUACAGUUUAAGAUUUGUUAGUAGAGGCGGUGCGACUAAAUGCCUCUUUUUUUUCCGAUCUGGCCUUGUUACGUUUUUAUUCAAAUUUUACAUUAUCAAAUCACCAUAAAUUCGACUUGCGUUAAAUGUAUUCUUCUCAUAGUAUAAUUUUCAUUUAAAAGCAGAUCAUUUGUAAUUCUGGGACCGCUUUAAAUACCUCACACCCGACCACAGAUGUUCGCGCCGUGGCGGGGAAGCGAUUCGUCGACCAAGGAAGCAAGCGAUGGAAGGCGUCACAUUCUCGCAUACCCCACACGUAACAUUCCGCUGACGCCGCGGAGGCCUCGCGUUGUAACCUGCGUUCUCAUGAUCAUUUAUUUCAGAAAAGUCUGUGGUAAGAUGAAAAUUCGUAAAUCACGCAUGCCUCCGUGCACACACACACACACACACACACACACACACACACACACACACACACUCCAUUCCAACCCUCACGUGCUCCCAGACCAGUGAUCCAAGUAGUCCCCGUCAGCCCCUCACGCCCCACCCUUCCCCUCCGCCCCGUGCGAGUCCCAUAACCCAGGCCGGGACGGCGGGGCGGGGCGAGGCGGGUGGUGUGGGGGCGAGGCGGGGCAGACCAAUAGGCGACAGACAUGACCACAGCCAAGCCCGAAUAUGACUGUUGACGGUACUAUUUUAUCAUCUCUUUUGAUUCGUUUGUACUUUGUAAGUGGAGAGUGAGUCGCGCUCACCGAGCCGUGUCUGGUGAGUGCCAUGGCUUUAUUUCUUUUUAUAUACUUUAUUUUUUUUUUAUUUUUAUUUUAGUUUCACGUGCCUCAACCAAGUCUUUCCUCAGGUUAAAUGAAUGCUGCAGGAGUAUUCUUCGUUCAUUAAUCCAAUACUAACGGAACUUGCAAUUCUAUGUAAAAAGGCCAACUUUUUCUGCGGCUUCGUUUUAUUCUCAGUCUUGGUUGAGGUACUUGGACCAUGCGCGCGACGGUCUGGCUGUUGUGCUGCGGCGCCUCACGGUUAGGCUCAGCACACGCUGCGGUAUCCCAGGCAGCACCCAGCCGCCGCCCCCAGGCGUGUCUCACCAAGACGGCUGGCAGAACAUCAGGACACACACUUCUGUGUUGUCCUGCUCCGGUCAAAGAAAAGUUGCAUUAGCUCGUUGGGUUGCGUGGAGCAGCUGGGUGCUGGCUGGGGCGUCACUGAACCUCCGGUGCUGUCUGCCGGGGUACCUAAGUCGGGUACUGGUGUUCAGGUUUACUUAUGCCAGAUGAUGUAUGUGUGCCCUCCCUGGCCGCCUCCUGGCUGGUGGGGAGGGGAAGGCUGCAGGGCUCGGUAUGGGAGCCCUCUUCAACUACCUGGGCUUUGGUUCCUUGUGCGGGCUUACCUGCUCGGGUAUCAUAAUUCAGGUUUUCAUAAUCAGGUAGUGCUGAUCAGGGUCAGGUACCGUGUUAAAUUGUCUUUCUGCAGGUGCUUCUGGUCAGGUAAGCUUGUUCACGUGUAUUUUCCUUUACUUGAUUCCCAUACAAUAAUUGGUUCACGUCUUGCCUUUCCUUCAUCCUUCUCCCUCCUCCUCCCUUCCUUCUCUCGCUGUCCGCGUUCAAGCUUACCUCCUCAGCGGCACCCAAGCAGGUGACCUUGCUCAGGUACUGUUAACCAAAUGUCCAUAUUUCUGGCUCUUCUGUUCACAAUCAGCAUUCAGGCCCCCUUGUUCAAGUGUUCCAUUGUUAAGGUGCCGGGCGGUUGGCGGGGCGUCAAAUUGGUGGCACAAAUAUGUAUAAAAGCUGAGAGCACGUGCCAAAGUUUUGAACAUAUGCAAAAACUCUGUACAUGAGUUUAAAAAAGCUUGUUCCUCCAACAUGUGACUGUAGUAGUGCACUGUUUAUUUGAAGGAUUUACCUUAUUUUUUUUCUCUUUUUAUCAAUCAGUUUUGUCAUUGCACAGCAAUAGCGUAAUCAUCAUGUACAGAACUUUUGAAACAUGUGUCGAAGCUUUGUUCAUGUACUGCAAGCUUUGAACAUGGGCUAAAGCUUUUUUUUAAGUUUGUAUCUCUGCUUUGAUUAUGUACUAAUGCUCCUAUCAUGCAACUGUGCUCUGAACAUGUACUACACACGACACACUAUAGAGACACUGCUAACGCUCCCGUACACGAGACGGGCAGCGAGUACUUACUUCAUGAUCUAGUAUGAGUAUUCACUGCAGCUCUGAACAUGUUCCGCAGCGCUGAACAUGUAUUAAGACUAAACCUAUUCAUAUUGAUGGACAUAUAUAUAUAUACACACUCUGAAUGGCGUGGCCGAGGCUGGGGCAUGGCUAAAGGCUUGAAAGACAUAAAACCCUGACCAAUAUCAUCAGGUGGUGAUCGAAGGGCAUUCCGGGAACAUAUUGAUUAACUCAGAGGGUCGCAGUGAUGAUGAAGCACCAGGUGUGUUGAGGGGAGCAGAGGUUUCCUGGCUUGCUGCUGUGUGGUGUGGCGGUCAUGAGCUCAAUCCUUCACGCAUAAAGCUUUAAAGUUCAACAUAUCUAACUCAUGUACAAAUUCCUCUACGUGUUUUAUGUUUUCCUUUGCCUUUAACAUGUUUCAGCCUAACCCCAGUGUCAUGUACCUGUGUGUGUGUUACUUCCAGAUGUGUUGUUUCUGUUACCGCACUAUUAAUCCUCUUCACAAUUGUAAGUACCUAACCUUACUGUAUUAUUAUUAUUAUUAUUAUUAUUAUUAUUAUUAUUAUUAUUAUUAUUAUCAUUAUUAUCAUUAUUAUUAUUAUUAUUAUUAUAUUCUUUAUUAUUUCCAUUACCAUUUGCUUUUUUGAAGAGUAUUAUUAUCAUUAUUAUUAUUAUUAUUAUUAUUAUUAUUAUUAUUAUUAUAUUAUUAUUAUUAUUAUCAUCAUCGUUAUCAUUAUUACUACUACUACUACUAUAGUCAAUAUUAUUAUCAGUAUUAUUUAUUCAUUAAAUUUUCCUUUGAGUUGGCCCAGAGUCAGCCAGUAGCCGGGAAGACCACAGUCCUAGUUAGUUUGCCCGUCACCAGGGGCUCCAAACGCAGCUUUAAUUCAUGCCAUUUAGCCUUAAACAGACCUAUAAGCCUCUGCCACCUGCCCGCUCCCUCAAGUCCCACGCCCCACCCUCACCACUCUUCUCCACCCUGUGUUCUUGUUCCUCCCAGUCUUGCCGUUGCAUAUCACUGUCAGAUGCUUGACAUUCACUUUUGUUACUAUUCUAAAUAAUAUAUUUUAUACAUACGUUGCCAAAGCUCCGUUCCCUUACUGACCUCUUUCCUCAACCUAGCCGCACACCAACCCUUCCCCUUCCCCCUUCCCCUGCCACAGUCCAUCCGCCCCAUUGCCCCUCAGUUGUGCCAUCAGACCCCCGCCUCCCUCUAUCCCCCAAGAGGCGCUGGCCGCCACGCCCCGGGCCCCGUGGGGGUUCGGGCAAGGCUGCGCCAAACACCAAUCAAAAGUACUAAACAGAAUGCGAUAGUUAGGGACGUGUGGGCUGCGCCUGCCGGGCCGACAGGUCGCUGUACAUAGGAAAGAGAGAGAGAGAGAGAGAGAGAGAGAGAGAGAGAGAGAGAGAGAGAGAGAGAGAGAGAGAGAGAGAGAGAGAGAGAAAUGUCCAACUGUAGAUGUAUCGAGAGUCAAUAACGAAACUGUAUAUAACUUGUGCCUUGAGAAAGAAACCCAACUGCUACAUGUAUUGUAACAUAAGAAAUAAAAUGAUAUUGUGUUUAUCAGUCUAUCCUUAACAUCCGAGCACGAUACUAUUAAAUUUUUAAAUAUUAAAGAAAACUGAACACAAAACAUUCAGAGAAAUAUAUUGACAUUCAUCUAAAGCAUGCAAGACGUGAGUGAAUGUUUCAAUAUAACUGCUCAUGUUUCAGUCCAAAGGGUUCAUGAUGCCCGUAAAGUAAAGUAGUAGAAGGACUUUGUGUCAGUUCAUUACAGUCCACCCGUCUAAUCCGACCUUUCUUUCACGUUAAUUUAACAACAAUAUAAUCUAAAUCUUUUGAAGCUCCCUUUUGUCCUUUCAUCCAUCAUGAUUCACAACAUUCAAACAACAUGCAAAGAAAACAUCGUGGUCGGAUUAUUAAGGGUAGACUGUAUCAGAUGUACUGUGAGCAGCAGCAGCCGCGUCUCAGGCGGGGCUCACAUCCCCAGUUAAAGGGUUAACUUCAUCAUAUCUUUAUAUAUAUAAAUAUUUUCUUUUUUUGUUUUUGUUUUUUUGUUUUCAUUAGAUCAGAACAGCUUGAACAUUUGGUAUCAGUUAACAGGACUUGGACACGACGGUAGAAAUAACAGCUCAUUGGAGGCUGGCGGAGGUAAUGUUUGUGCAGCCUGGAGCAGAGGCAGGGCUGCUCCUUGGCUUGUAGUGUAGCAGUAGUUAUUGAAAUGUUUUAGUUUUGUGUCAUAAGGGCGACUCUAGCCAGUGUGUUGUGUGUUAGGUGACUGAGGAGCGCACAGGUUGAAGGGUGGUGUGGCGUGCGCACCGGACCGACUCAGACUGAGGCAGACAGCACAGGCCAGCUGACAAAGGACAGUAGCCACGCUCUGACAGUUGAUGCUCUCCAACCGAAAACAGACGAACUUUGCAGGACUGAAGGAGUUUAUAUACCUGUAGGAGCAGCUGGCCCUUUCGUGCGCUCCAGGACACACACACACACACACACACACACACACACACACACACUCGCGCGCGCCCGAACAAAAAUAGUGCAUGGAUUUUAAAUAACUGUAUGUAAAACGAAAAUCUUGUCUAAUUGGAUACGAUAAUUCGGAAAACCAUAGAACUGCAAAAGGUCCCUGAAUAAAACAAACGAAAAAUUUUCGACAAAAAUCAUGGAAAUCAUAAUGAAAACACACACACACACACACACACACACACACACACACACACACACACACACACACACACACACACACACACACACACACACACAUCUCACAAUGUUAGACAAUAUAAUGAAGACAAUGCUUCCACAACCACAACCAUCACCACCACCACCAGUACUACAAUCAAUAUCACUACCACCAUGACUGGCAACAACAACAUAAUCACCAUCAUCAUCAUCCUCAUCAUCACCAUUAUCAAACAUAGUGACAAGAUCGACAACACUAGUAUACGGUACAUAUGACCCACAUUGAGCCUUACACGUGAAGAGAAGAGGGAGGGAAGGGAGGGGGAGCAGGAUAAGCAUCAAUACGCUUGACUGAAAGACUUCCAUCGAGACUGAGACGAUUGUUGACCAAGCAUGCAAGUUCACGGGUGACUCGUAAAGAAACAAAGGUCCGGAGUGCAGAGGGUCACACACACACACACACACACACACACACACACACCCUACGGGCCUACAUCAAUGGUAACAUCACUUUGCUGGAUGCUAAGUUUUUUUUUUUUUUCUUUUCAUUAUUCAGCUAGCAGUUAGUGUCCUUCUUGAGGAAGAGGAUGUGUGGUGUGGGAAGCGUCCCAGCCUUACCCAUGGGGAGGGUAAAGCCAGGAGUCCAGCACGUGAUUCUUAGUACACACACAAACACACACACACACACGCACACACACACACACACACACACACACACACACACACACACACACACACACACACACACACACACACACGUAAGAAUGCUAUCUUUGCCUUUUGAUUGAUAAUCCUUAUCAUAAUAAUGUAUCAAUUAGAUAAAUAAAAUUAAUUGCAAGAGUUCAGGAAAAAUAAAGAAAGAAAAAAACAUCCCAGAGUUAGUUCUGGGACGCGGCACAUCAGCGUCUGCGGAGGCUGCGAUGUGUUUGUGAGCAGAAUGUAUAUACUAUUAUUAACCUGUGUGGCGGGGUGAGAGAUGAGAGACGGUGUGAGUUGAGCCACGUGCUGCUUCUGAACUAUGUAAUUAUUCAUCUCAUUGCCACGUGGUGAAUGUUACUGAUUGUUAUCGCCGAGACUCUGUAUCCAUGUUAUUUAUGCUCUCUAUUUUAUUGUUGUUGUUAUGAUUUACGAUGAUCCUGGGAGAUGAAUGUGUAUAAGGGGGCGGGAGGGAGACAGGGAGACAGGUGGUGCUUGUUACCGGCCCACCUGUGAGGUUGUGAGCCUGUGAGGCUGGAGAAGCGGGGUGCUCUUCCUGGUGGCAACUCCCGGGUGUGGUCAUAAAGUUAUGCGUCUCAUACAUACAAGCGAACGUGGUGUGUGUGUGUGUGUGUGUGUGUGUGUGUGUGUGCAUGCGUACAACAUAGAUCAAACACGUCUUUCAACUGAAAGAAGUUUUGUUGCCUCCAAGAGCAAUUGCGAAACUAAAAGAAGGAAAACGAUUAGUAAUGCGUGUGAUUUGUGAUUUCGAAGAAAUCUGGCGGUGUGCGCGGCGGUCUGCUGAACAAACACUAACAUAUCCUGGCGAGAUUACAAUUUUUUUUCUUUAGAUUAUUUUCAUUAUGUAUCUAAUGCAAGUCAUAGCUAAAUGACACAAGCAGCUGACGUCUGCAAGUCCCUCAGUAACAGUAUGUACUGAUCUUGUUUCCAGCCAGCCCUGCCCGCCAUCUGUCAAAAUCACAAGAAAUGAUUAACUCCAAUCCAUUGCCUGAAUAAUAAUAAUAAUAAUAAUAAUAAUAAUAAUAAUAAUAAUAAUAAUAAUAAUAAUAAUAAUAAUAAUAAUAAUAACAACUGUUUCCAAUCAUAAAUCAUAAGGGCAAGGGACACAAGACUCAUUCUGUUUAUAAAAAAAAAAGUCGAGAAAAUACUUGUUGAAAAUUAAAAAAAACGUUUAGUAUUCAUUCACUUGGUUAAGUCGAUAUCAUAACACAUGAGGAUAAAUGCUAAAACCAAAAUACUUUAAAAAUACUGUAAUUUCACCUGAAAAUAUGUACUGUAUUGACUGACACAUCCCAUGUUUUAAUAUAAUUCAUACAAAUCUCUUGUAACUACCACUUUUAUUUCGCUGAUGGAUUCCAAAUAUUAGUGAGCAGAUUACACACUGCGUAAGGAAAUGUUGGUUCGAGGUAACGUUCACCCCACGCAUUCCUCCCCUGGUCUGGUUCACACGCAUCCCACGCGAACGCUUUGCAUUGCUUUGCCAAACGAGCUGCCACCAGGAAGUGACGCUUUGCUGCAGGGGACACACGCUUCUCCAGUCUGUGCGGGGACUGCAGUGUUGUUUAGGGAGCGAGGAGGAGAGGAAGGCAAAGUGCACGCGGGCUUGUGUCACGUGAACAAUGGUUCUGGUGACGGAGGAAAGAUAUAUUUUACUUUCCCUCUAAAAUUAUUAUCCCCGCACACUCUUCCUUUUCCCCUCACUCUUGCUUCCACAAUUGUAAUGUUGUUCAGUUUAUAUUUCAGGAUUAUAUAUAUCCCAUGUUCACUGCUAGUUUUCAUGAAUCACAGCCAGUUAUCGCAGUUCUGGUAUCAAAUACUUAUCAUCAGACAGUUGAUGAAUUAUUUAGCCAGUUUUAAUAUUAAUCUUUCAAGAUGCACACCCACAUUUUUACUGCCAGCAGAAGACAUGCAAAAUACAGUUUGUGUGUUUUCCUAACAUCUAGCAGGCAGUAUAUUGAGGUUAAUGUGUGUGUUGUAGUGUCACGCUCCUGACGCAGCAAGAGGAGGUGCGAGGCUGGUGUUUGCGGUCACUUGGGAUGCAUUCACACUUACAUGAAACUUUAUAUUUUCAUCACUGUCUCGCCCUCAGGGUCAGUCAGUCCGCCUCCUUCCGCUGCAUCAUGGGGCGUGGGGGGAGCAGGAGGAACGGGGAAGAGAGAGAGAGAGAGAGAGAGAGAGAGAGAGAGAGAGAGAGAGAGAGAGAGAGAGAGAGAGAGAGAGAGAGAGAGAGAGAGAGAGAGAGAGAGAGAGAAUUUUAUUUGCCUUUUCUCUUUACAUUUUGUACAUCUGAAUUACAUAAUAUUUAUGAACAUCAAGGUCAGAUCUGUCAAGCCGAAGCUUUAAUACAAACUGAAAAAGAAAUAAAUAAAAAAAAUUGCGCAAAUGUAUGAGAGAGAGAGAGAGAGAGAGAGAGAGAGAGAGAGAGAGAGAGAGAGAGAGAGAGAGAGAGAGAGAGAG